AUGUCACAAACACCUCGCCGCUUCGCUCAAAUCGUCAAACUCAAACCUGAGCACCUCACAGAGUACAAGGAAGGCCACGCUCGCGUUUGGCCUGAUGUCCUAAAGCAAAUCGAGGAGUGCAACAUCCGAGAUUACAGCAUCUUCUAUGAUGACCAGAGCCACAUCCUCUUCGCCUCAUUCAAGUACGUCGGUUCAGAUUAUAGUGGCGAUAUGGAAAAGAUGGCCCAGAACCCUCGAGUGAGGGAAUGGUGGAAGAUGACCGACGCCUGGCAGGAAAGCCUUGUUCCUGGGGCCGUGAGCUCUGAGGCUGGUGAGCCGUCUUGGUGGAAGCCCGUUGAGGAGGUGUUCUACCAACCCUGA